AUGGAAAAUAAUGGAGAAAUGAAUGCACAGCCUGAAUUAUCAGUUGAUAUAACCAAGACUUAUAUGUAUGAGAAAUUAUGGAACAUAUGUGCUGGACCUUUGUGUGUUCUUCCGAAACCUGGAGAAAAAGUUUAUUACUUUCCUCAAGGGCACAUCGAGCUCAUUGAGAAUUCUACAAGAGAUGAAUUGGAUCAUAUCAGGCCAAUUUUUGAUCUUCCAUCUAAGCUUCGAUGUCGUGUUGUGGCUAUUGAUCGUAAGGUAGACAAAAAUACAGAUGAAGUCUAUGCUCAGAUUUCGUUAAUGCCUGAUACAACAGAAGUUAUGACCCAUAAUACUACUAUGGAUACUCGAAGACCAAUAGUUUAUUUUUUUAGUAAAAUUUUAACGGCGUCUGACGUCAGUUUAAGUGGUGGAUUAAUUAUUCCCAAACAAUAUGCCAUUGAGUGUUUUCCUCCGCUGGAUAUGUCCCAACCAAUAUCCACACAAAAUCUUGUUGCAAAGGAUCUCUAUGGUCAAGAAUGGAGUUUCAAACAUGUCUUUAGAGGUACACCGCAGAGACAUAUGUUUACUAGCGGCGGCGGCUGGAGCGUAUUUGCAACAACAAAAAGAUUGAUUGUUGGGGAUAUAUUUGUACUCCUUAGAGGAGAGAAUGGGGAGUUACGAUUUGGUAUUAGGCGAGCAAAGCAUCAACAAGGCCACAUACCUUCAUCAGUAAUAUCAGCAAAUUGUAUGCAACAUGGAGUAAUAGCUUCAGUAGUGAAUGCUUUUAAAACCAAAUGCAUGUUCAAUGUGGUUUAUAAGCCAAGUUCAAGUCAAUUUGUUAUAAGCUAUGACAAAUUUGUUGAUGCAAUGAACAAUAAUUACAUUGUUGGUUCGAGAUUUAGGAUGCAGUUUGAGGGUAAGGAUUUUUCUGAAAAAAGAUACGAUGGGACGAUUAUUGGUGUAAAUGACAUGUCUCCUCAUUGGAAGGAUUCAGAAUGGCGAAGCCUAAAAGUGCAAUGGGACGAGCUUUCACCAUUUCUAAGACCUAAUCAGGUUUCACCUUGGGACAUCGAGCAUCUAAUUCCUUCGUCAGAUAUCUCUCAAUCAAGUUUGAAAAAGAAAAAACAUUGGCUUCAAUUGAAUGAAAUUGGUGCAACAUUAUCGAAUCUUUGGACAUGCCAAGAAAUUGGACAACGGAGCAUGAAUUCUCCUAUAAGUGUUCCUGAGUUUAGUUAUCCCAAUGCAAUUGAAGAUUCAAAGUUUCUUUCUGGUUUGCUACUGAAUCACUCACUCCUAGCCAUACCUAAUGAAAACUAUAACAGCGACCAAAUGAUUCAACCAAGGAAAGAAGAUAUAACAACUGAAGCAACCACUAGUUGCCUCUUGUUUGGAGUUGAUCUGACCAAAGUAUCAAAGAGCAAAGAUUCCAUCUGUCCAAUUGAAUCAUGCAAAAAAUCAGAAAUUUCAAAACUCAAAAAUCAAAAAGCAACCACUAGUUGCCUCAAGAUAAAAAGUUUGACCAAACCCAACCUCUGAGAUCACCAAAAGAGGUCCAAAGCACGGAAUUCAAUUUUACUAGAAGUCGUAUUAAAGUUCAUAUGCAAGGUGUAGCCAUAAGUAGAGCUGUGGAUUUAACUGCUAUGCAUGGAUACAAUCAGCUGAUACAAAAACUGGAAGAACUCUUUGAUCUCAAAGACGAGUUACGAACUCGCAAUCAAUGGGAAAUAGUUUUUACAAACAAUGAAGGAGCUGAGAUGCUUGUCGGGGAUGAUCCAUGGCCUGAGUUCUGCAAUAUGGCGAAAAGAAUAUUCAUAUGCUCAAAAGAGGAGAUAAAGAAAAUGAAGUUGAAGAACAAAUUCUUUCAACCUGAAUCAAAAGCUUUAACAUCUUCAGACGUACCACCAAACGUCACAGAUAACUAACCUUUCUUAUAAAGAUAAGAGAGCUGAAAAU